UCAUUCACUCCUGCGGCACAGGUUGUGAGUAAGUGGUCAGAGAGGAGCGGAGAGAGAGAGAGAGAGAGAGAGAGAGAGAGAGAGAGAGAGAGAAACACAACCCAGUCACUCUGCUAAAUAGAAAAGACAGGCUGCUCACACAGUGACAGGGAGUAAGAGAGAGAGAGAGAGAGAGAGAGAGAGAGGGGAGGGGAAACAGAGGCCAGAGAAGCCAAAAAGAGAAGAGAGCUUAGAGAAGAAAAAAAGAGAGGAGAAGCCUGAGCGGAAAAGUUGGAGUGGCACGCUGCACUUCUUUUCUUUGGGGAAAUUCCAGCAGGGACACGAGCCUCGUGGCUACCAGAGACGCUGACCCAUGGAUCCCUCGCCAUCAGCUGAGGUUGGGGCCCAAACCAAAGAGAGGAAGAAGAUCCACUUCUCUGUCCCGGCGACAGUGCACAGCCAGCUGGACCCCCGGCAAGUGGAGAUGAUCCGCCGCCGGAGGCCCACACCUGCCACGCUGUUCAGAGUUGCAGACCAGUCGUCCCCUGAGGAUGACAACGCAACCCAUCAGUGGGUUGUAGGGGAGAACGGGGUCCUCAAGCCCAAGCGUGUGAACCCGAGUGUGUAUCAGCCUCCAUCACUGAAAGCCGUACAGCGGAUGGCUCAAGCACACAUGCAGACCCUGGGUGCCUGCCCCACCCUGGAGGACCCCCCUGAGGGGGAGGAGAGCGAGGACUACCUCUCACUGGGGGAGGAGGAUCCUCAGGCAGAGAUGGGCGCUUUGGACAGCCAAUCAGAAUCACUGCACAGGCCGGAGGUUCCUGCAGAGAAGGCCCUCGGAGAUGAAGAGGGCAAAGAGGAAGAGGAGGAGGAAGGGGAGGAUACAAGGAGAAGGGAGUGA